CCCCCCAUCCCAUCUCCCCCCUCGACCUCGCGCGCCGUCUCUGCCGCGAUCCCUCCCCCCUCACUCCGCCCCAAAUCGCCGUUUUUUUCCUCCCCCCACCCCCACCACCCCGCCUCGGAUCGCGCCCGAACCCCUCGCCCUCCGACCCCACCGCCCAAACCCCCAAUUCUCGCGCCGGCCCUGCGCGCAAUCGGCCCCGAUCCCGGCUCGAAUUCGACCGCGCCGAGGCCUGCCGUCUCCGGCGUGCGUCUCCCCUCCACAGGCGCGGGUUCGGCGCGGGCUCGGGCGGGCGGCCCGGACGGAGCCCCCGCGGAUCUAGGGUUUCGGAGCCAGCUAGGGUUUACCGCCGGCGGAGUCGAUCCGGUGAUGGUGCGGCGCGGCGCCGGCGGCCGGCGAGGAGGGGUCGAUGCGGGGCCAUGCGCGGCGGUGAGCGGCUUCUCGUCCGGCACAUGUGGCCGGCAGCUCGCGUAGAGGCAGCAGCUCCAGCACCGGCGCACGGACCUUCUCCUCCUACUCCUCCUUCCGGCUCGUGUGCCCUUCCACCGCCGACAGCCUCCCACCCACCGGUGCCGGCGACUCCCCCAGCCACGCCGCGGAAGCAGCAGCAGCAGCAGCAGCAGGUCGUCCGUUCUCCCCCGCCGGUGUCACCUGACUUCUUCGUAAAGGACGGACGGGAGAUUCGAGUUGGCGACUGUGCUCUUUUUCGUGCUAUUGAUGUUCCUCCUUUCGUUGGAUUGAUACGUUGGAUUGAGAAGCAGGAAGAAAGCAAUCCCAAGUUACGUGUAAGUUGGCUAUAUAGACCUGCUGACGUCAGGCUCAACAAGGGGAUACAACUGAACGCUGCCCCAAACGAGGUCUUCUACUCUUUCCACCAAGACGAGACAUCUGCUGUUUCACUGCUCCAUCCUUGUAAAGUUGCCUUUUUACAUAAAGGUGCUGAGCUGUCAUCUGGGAUUUCUUCAUUUGUAUGUCGGCGUGUGUAUGAUAUUGACAACAAGUGUUUAUGGUGGCUUACCGACAGAGAUUAUAUUAAUGAACGGCAGGAAGAAGUAAAUCGGCUCCUAGACAGAACGAGGCUAGAAAUGCAUGGUGCAGUGCGGUCAGGUGGGCACUCACCAAAACGGCCAAAUGUUCUGUCAGCUUCCCAGCAAUUGAAGGCUUGUUCAGACGGUGCUCAAAAUUGUGGCCCAUCUAAAGGGAAGAAGAGGGACAGAGGUGAGCAAGGAAUUGAACCAGCUAAGCGAGAUAGUGAUUGUCCUCCUAAGGUUGAUGACGGUGAACCUGGAAAUAUUAAGGGGGACAAUAUGAAGUCUGAAAUUGCAGAGAUGACAGAAAAGGAUGGACUUCCUCAUGCUGAAGCUGUCGACAAGCUAGUUCAAUUCAUGCAACUUGAUCAAAUUGAGCGGAAAAUGGACCUUGCCGGCCGAGUAAGGCUUGCUGAUAUUAUUGCAGCCACAGAAAGUCCUGAUUGCCUUAGCAGAUUUAUGCAACUAAGGGGCCUUCCGGUCUUGAAUGAUUGGCUUCAAGAAACUCACAAAGGGAAGUCUGGUGAAGGGGGUAGUCCUAAAGAAACUGAUAAGCCUACUGAAGAACUUAUCCUGGCCCUGCUUCGUGCACUAGCGAAAUUGCCUAUCAGUCUGAUUGCCUUACAAAGCUGCAGUAUUGGGAAAUCUGUCAAUCAUCUGCGCAGCUAUAAAAAUCCGGAGAUACAGAGGAAGGCUAGGUAUCUUGUUGAUAGCUGGAAGAAGCGUGUUGAUGCUGAAAUGAAGUCGUCUGAUGCAAAACCUGUAGUGUCAGGUCAAGCUGUUUCCUGGUCAGGAAAAGUGGGGUUCCCGGAAAUUUCUAGUGCUGGAAUAGGACGAAGUGGCUCAAGUGAGCCCAGUCCGAAAAGUGCAGGGUUUCAUCUUUCUUCACCAAAGGCUUUGAGUGCUACAUCUGGUGCUGCUGAUGCUGUUGCAAAGUCAAAUCCUUUCACAUCUGGCUCUUCAAAAUUACAACACAUGCAACCAGCAAAUGCUGCAGCCAACUUAAAGGACUCACCAUGCAAAUCAGCUGCUGGGACUUGUGGCCCUGAUUUUCCUACAGUGAAAGAGGAGAAAAGUUGCAGUUCAAGCCACUCAUUGAAUAACAGCCAGUCAUGCUCUAGUGAUCCUGGAAAAACAGUUGGUUCUUUGAAGGAGGAUGCACGGAGCUCAACUGCUGUUUCAGCGAGUGCCAGUAAAAUUUCUGCACGUGGCCAUCGAAGGGCAAACAAUGGGCUUCUUGGUUCUGGAUUCCAGAAGGAAGCUGCUUUGGGAAGGUCCAGCCAAGGUGAUCGUUCUUUAUUGCAAGAAAGAUCAUCACAGUCUGGCUUGGCAUGUGAGAAAGGAGCGGACACACCUCACAUCAACAAUCAGAGAUUGAUUGUUCGGUUUCCAAAACCAAGUUGUAGCCCUGCUAGGAGCACAAGUGGGGGCUCUUGUGAGGAGCCAUCAGUUUCAGGGAGUAGAGCUUCAUCUCCUGUUCACACAGAUAAGCAUGAACAGAAUGAUCGUAGGGUGAAAAUGAAGGUUGAAAAUUCUCAGGCUCAUUUAGGUUCUGAUGCUAAUGCUGAGCCUGAGCGAAGCAAUGAUACUAAAAGAAUUGCAGGUUCCGAGGAAGGUGAUAAAUCACCUUGUGGUAUGCUGGAUGGUGACUGUAGCAGGACUGCUGAAGAAUCUGCUAAGGAUACAUGUGCAUCACGAGUUGCAUGCUCGGCAAAUAUGGAUGAAAAAGACGUCUGCUUAGGUGAAACCAGAGUGCGGAACUCGUUCAGCCCUUUGAAUGCUUUGAUUGAAAUCAAAUACUCCGAAGGUAGUCAUUCCAUGCAAGCUGGAGAUGAUACAGCAAUGAAUCUUCUUGCUAGUGUUGCUGGAGAAGUAUCUAAAUCUGAAUUGAUGUCAUCUGCUUCACCGACGAAUUCGUCUGCAAAUAAACAUGGCUAUGGAGGCCAGAAUAUUCAGAAGCUAAAAGUAGAGUGUGAUGCAGGCCCAUCACAGCACCUGGAUCCAUCAGAUGAUGUUGAGAAAGUCAUCUCUGAGAAGGAAGACAAAAAUGAUGAGGAACGACGCUUGAGGAAUUCUGGAACUUAUUUAUCAUCCCAUGACAAGAAGGGAACAUCAUCUACUAACCCGCCUCUACCUGGAAUAGAUUCUAAAGCUGUUGAAUCUUCAGUUGAUUUACUUGGUGGUGGUGAUCAGAAGCCAAAUGCCAGACAGCCAACUGAUAUUAAGAUUGAUGCAAAGUUCAAUAUCAGCAUUGCUGACGCCGACACGGCAUCAGGCAGUCAAUGUAGUGUGGUUGCUCCAAAUAGAACAUUACUCCCCUCUGAGGAAUCGUCUUUAUGUGGUGCUGAUAAACAAGGUCAAGGUUUAUUGAAAUCAUCAGAUCAGACACAUCUUCAUGGUCUACCAGAUCGCCUCGAAACCAUCAGAUCUACUGAUAACAGUGGCACUGGCAAAUUGGAUUCAAAGACUUCAUUCUCAUCUUUGGCUGUGGAUAUAAAAAAUGCUGAUGGUCUAGUGGUUUGCAAUAAAGUGCUGAAAGAGCAUGAGAAAAAAGAACAACCUGCGUCCACUUCAGCUGAUGUUACCAAACCAGAUGUAUCAGUAGUGCCACUUGGUGCAGCGAAUGGGGUAUCUGUGAUUAAAGAAUCAAAAGACUGUUCCAGUGAAUCAAGUAGUCAAGCAAAACAUCGGACUAUCAUGUCUCAGGAUACCGAGCAUACUGCAAGGCACAGUUCAAAGAAACCGAGUGAUGAAGUGGGUGGGAAAGAGGACAUUGUCUCAUCAGAUGAGGGUUCUUCUAUGGCUAACACCAACUCAAAUGGUACAGCUAAGCUUGACUUUGAUUUGAAUGAACUUGGGGACGAGGGGAAUCACUCUGAGCCAGCUACCUCUACUGUUGUAUGUUCUUCUGCAAUUCAUUUACCUGGUCUUUCUCCAUUCGUCUCACCUAUUUUAAGUGGUCUGCCGGCCCAAAUAACAGUUGCUGCUCCAGCUAAAGGACCUUUUGUCCCUCCCGAGAACCUACUAAGAGUGAAGCCUGAGGCUGGGUGGAAAGGUGCAGCAGCUACAAGUGCAUUUCGUCCUGCGGAGCCACGGAAGACUUUAGGGAUGUUUCUAACUACACCUGGUAGUGCAGUGUCUGAUGCUGCCGGGAGGCAAUCUCGCCAAGCAUUUGACAUUGAUCUAAAUGUAGCAGAUGACCAAGUUCUAGAGGAAGAUAUCUCACAGAGUUCUGCCCGGACAAUUGGUUCUGAAUCUGACAACCCUAGAAGUCGCAGUGGCCCUGUACGAAGUGCUGGCUUUGAACUUGACUUGAAUAUGGCCGGCGAAGUUGCAGAGAAUAACCAAUUUAUCUCAAAUGCUUCACACAGAGUUGAAGUCACAUUGUUGCCAUCAAGACCGUUGCCAGAAGGUUUACCUAAUACUGAUACAAGUAGCUCGAGGAACUUCUUUGAUCUCAAUAACGGACCAAGCCUUGAUGAAGCCAGUACAGAAUCUGCACAAAGGACCCUGUCAUCUAAAGGUGCUAGCAGCAUACCAUUCCUACCUCAAGUUGCUGGCCUUAGAAUGAACAAUACUGAAAUUAGUAACAUGUCACCGUGGUAUGCUUCUGCCAACCCAGGUGGUCCCGUAGCUAUGCAGUCGUUUUUUCCUCCUAGAGAACAGUCUUACCCAAUUGAAACAGCACCUGGAACCCAGAGGAUCAUUGCGCCUACUGCAGACGGCGGCCAAUUUGGAAGUGGUUCAGGCAGGCCUCCAGUUAUUUCCACAUCGCCAGCCAUGGUCUUCCACCCUCCUGCAUAUCAAUAUGCAGGAUUUCCUUUUGCUCCCGGUGUUCACCUUCAGUCAGCAGGGUUUCCAAUUGGAUCGGUGCCAUAUGGCAGUUCUGCACCAGCAGGAGUUACAUAUUUUCCAACCAUUGCUCCAUCAUUUGCUGGGUCAACAGGCGCUUUACCUGCCCAGCAUGCAAGGCAGUAUGCAAUAAACCUUCCUGAAGGUAGCAGCAGUGAUGGACAUGACAGUAACUGGAAAUGGAGAAGACAAGGGCUUGAUCUUAAUUCUGGCCCUGGAAGUAUAGAUAUAGAAGGGAAAGACGAGCGAGUACCUCUAUCGCUUAGGCAAAAUUUGAUCACACCGCCACAAGCGUUUGUGGAGGAGCAAGCAAGAAUGUUACAAAUGGCGGGUGUAGGAAUAAAGAGGAAGGAACCCGAGGGCAGUUGGGAUGCUGAAAGAGCAUCAUCAUACAAACAACUAUCAUGGCAAUAAGAACUUCAAGGAGUUCUCCUUGCAGCGACUUCAGAGUCUGGUGAGCUUGGGCGACUGAAUGGGGUGUUGUAUUGCACCCGUUUGGGCGUGGUGAGAUAUACAAGUCACAUGGAUUCAUCUCCUUGAUGAUUUGAAUUGCGAGAGGAACAAACCUUUGCUGUAAUUGCUGUAAAUGUUAGUCGUAUCCAUACUUACCUGGAACAGUUUUGCUCAGCUUCAGCAGUUGCCUUGUUAGAGUUUCUGUACCUGCCAGGCUUGCUUCUAUUUUACCCAGGAGGGUAUGGCAUUGGAGAUGGAACUGUGAUUUGUCCUCGGCAUCUUCAAGCAUCUGAAACCGCUGUAAUUAGUUUCGGUCUGGUUGUUUUAUGUUUUUUUUCCGAUAAAGUGUUUUCACAUUGCUGAGGACAUCAGCAGUUUAACAUAUGGUUUAGAUGUGACAUGUAUUCCUGCUGGGAAGCGUUAUAACCGUAGAUGAGGAAGAAAUAAUUUGCCUUGAUUGA